CUCGCAGCUCGGCUCCGGGGCGGAGCUGGGUGGGCCCGAGGCCAGAAGGAGAGGCCCAGCGGAGGUGAGCGAGGCCCCAACCCAGCUUUGGUGGGUCGCAACGCUGUAGGCGUUUCGGGAGGUGGUUGUUGAGAACCUGGCGGCUGAGGGCAUCAUGGUGGGAGGCUUGAAGAGGAAGCACUCGGAAGUGGAAGGGGAGGAGGAGGAUGAGAAGUGGGACUGGAGUCCAGCUGGCCUUCAGAGCUACCAGCAAGCCCUGCUCCGCAUCUCCCUAGACAAAGUCCAGCGCAGCCUGGGUCCCCGCGCACCCAGCCUCCGAAGGCAUGUUCUCAUCCAAAACACCCUCCAACAGCUCCAGGCUGCACUUCGCCUGGCUCCCGCCCCUGCCCUGCCCCCAGAGCCCCUCUUCCUGGGCGAGGAAGAUUUCUCCCUGUCGGCCACCAUUGGCUCUAUUCUCAGGGAGCUGGAGACCUCCAUGGAUGAGACCGAGCCUCCUCAGAAUCCAGUGGCUCCCUCAGACCUCCAGAAUGAAUUGCCACCCCAGCCUGAUCCAGUCUUCUUAGAAGCUCUGAGCUCCCGGUACUUGGGGGACUCUGGCCUGGAUGACUUCUUUCUGGACAUUGACACAUCUGCAGUGGAAAAGGAGCCCACGCUGGUCCAGCCGGAGCCGCCUCACAACUUCUUCUGUGCCCCAGGCUCCUGGGAAUGGAAUGAACUAGAUCACAUCAUGGAAAUCAUUCUUGGGUCCUAAAAUUUUGAUUUGAGGCGGGGGGGAAUCCUCCUGUCAGCCUUGGUAGGCCGGAUCCCUGGAUGCAACUUUGUGUGUUUUGGGGCGGGGGGCUCUAAGCAGUGACUGUGGCCUCCUUUCCUCCCAUUUCAGGGUUCCACAAACUGUCUUGCAUGUGUGUAUGUGUCUGGUUAGCCCAGCCUUCUGUGAAGGUGGGUCUUCCUCAAUUAAUUUAUCUGUUCCAAAUGCCUUAAUGGGACUCUGUUUCUGGGAGUCUGAUUUUCCACUUACACACAUUUCUUCUGCCUUUUUCCUCCAGUUCCUACUCCCCUUGUGACCACUGGGGCCUCAGGGAAGAUAAAGAAAGCUAGGCCUGUCAAAGGAUGACAGGGAUGUGCUGCCAGGUUGCUAUGGAAACCCAGGCUCUGCCUCUUGCACCUUGAGGGAGUAGGAGGGGCUGGUCCCCUCUUCCCAGGCUGAACCCCGCUUCCUUGGCAGGACCCCAGUCCCAGCAGCCUCCUGAUUCAUAACCAGGCCGGACCACGUGCAAUAGGGUGGAAACCAAACUGCUCCGUGCUACAUUAUUUAAAAGAAAGGCAGGGUUUGUGUUGGCUUUUUUUAUUGUAAUUUUUUUUUUUAAUAAAAUUAUUUUGGAAGGAG